UAGCGGGUGUGGCGUUAUCUCGGCCUGCAAAUCUUCCUUAAUAAGGCUACUCGCUGUAGUUUAAUAUGUUUUGACUAUGCAGAUAUGCCUCGUCCGCCAGUGCUUCCGGAAAACAGGCGAAGGGUUGCGGAAGCAUGCACACCCUGUAAAGCCGCCAAAAGACGAUGCGAUUCGAGGCAUCCGUGUUCGGCUUGCCAACAGCGAGGGCUGAUGUCUCAAUGUCGCUACACUUCAACCUCUCGCCGGCGCCCGCGAAACAGUGCCACGCCGCAGAGGCAGAUUGACCCCAUUCAAGAGGGAGUCUCACAGGAAGCCUCAUUGUCCGAGGUCACUGUCCUCACAUCCGACCAGAUCCUCCACAGUCCGCAUGGACAGAGCGUCUUCCUUGGGGACUGCGCGCCAUUAUCUUUCCUGCAGCUGUUGCGACAGGCGUUUGGACAGCACUUUAUCCACCAGGAGGACACUUCGUCAGAUGGCAGCCCUUCCACCCAUCGCCUGAUGCUUGAGGAAGACCUUGGUGGGCCUGACCUCCCUCUUUCUGCGUCAAUCGAUGUGGAGGAUCUAGGAGAGCUCGUCGAUGCCUUUUUUGACGCUACGUGUCGAGUAAUAGAAGUCGAUACCAGAUCCGGCGUCCAUGAAAGCCUGCGGCUUGCUACGCGAAAGGAGCGGUUUGAGAUACGUGAACUACCGAUUGAUCUCAAACUCAUCCUAGCCAUCGGCGCCCAGUGCCGCUUGCAAAACGCGCAAGACAGGCAAAUCUCGCAGGCGCUGUGGGUCGAUGCUAAGCCUGACGUCCUGGGCACGAUACUCCAGCCAGCCAGCGUUGAUACGGUUGUACUGAAUUUGUUAACCUCGUUCUAUAUGCUGGCCCGGUAUCGCCGGAACUCUGCUUGCCUGUUCAUCGGGGUGGCAGCGCAACUUGCACAUGCCCUCGGACUACAUAGGAUUGCCGAUGAGGAGCUGUCGUCUGUGACGUCGCAUAAAGCCCGGGUGUGGAAGAGUAUCCAUAUAUUAGACACGAUCUUCUGUUCCAUUCUGGGCCGGCCAUUCGUUACUGCGCACGUGUCAGUUCAAGACCAACUAGCACAGGCCACCGAUCUUGAUCAAUCAUUCCGAUUGUCCACGAUAGUUCGGAAGAUGCUCGUAGGUAUUUGUUCAAAGAAGCAGCUCAGCGUGGCAGAUGCCGAGGAGGUCCUCGUCCUUCUCACUCGCUGGCGUGAGGACUUUGUCGCACAAUCCAAGGAGAGUUGCGGUGCUCCUCUGACCAAUAUAUCGUGCUUGUACUAUCAUGCGGUGCUCGUUACCACUCGGCCAUUCCUGGUCUUCUCUCUCAAGGGCACCGAAGGCCCCGCUUGCUCUGAAAACGAACUCCUCCAUUUAGGGCAUCAAACAUCUGUAGCGAGUCUCGCAUCUGCAUGCUUAGAUUCGGCCAUUUAUAUUAUCCAAGCAUGUCACGAUGCCGUGGAAAUGGGAUUUGGCCUUGAGAACCCAUGCUUUAUCAAGGCUUGGACAUUUUCUGCGGGUCUAACGCUGGCCUUUCGAAUCUUCGCCCCCAACAACACACUUGCUGACAUUGAAGAUGCCUAUCAACAGGCCUUGGCCAUUUUAGAGCGACUGUCGCCCCAGAGCCCUCAUGCACAGCAAUAUAGUCGGAUAUUGCGCGACAUCCACGUAGCUGUUCAAAAUAGACGAGAGAGACAGAUUUUCCAGCGAAGGCAAAGCACCAGAAUAUUGGUGGACCGGAUUUGCGUUGGAGAGGCCACGCCAGGACCAGACCCGCCGUCGACUACGACAGCAGAGUGGCUAGUGGGAGGAGCAGCAGCAAAUUCCUUUGCCGAAGAAGAACUGCUGUCGAUGGAUCUGUUGGGGAGCUUUUCCUUCCCGUUUGAGAGUGAAUAUGACCUGGAUAUGCUCAGCUUAUCUGGGUUGAGCACAGCACAAUAUGUCCGGGAUAGCUAGAACGAACCCACGUUGGAGACCAGCUAGAUAUAACGAUGGCGUAUGUUGCUCCGCAUUAUAGCACAGGCUAUGAGCAAUAGUAAGUCGUUAUCA